AUGCCUCGCCCAAAAACCAAGACCAAGAGCGAAGACCUCGCCCGCAUUCGCAAUAAUCAACGGCGAUCAAGGGCAAAACGGCUCGAAUAUAUCCGGGAAUUAGAGGAAAAGGCCAAAAAAUACGACGAAUUAAUCGCAUCCACACAUUCACCAUCUCUAUCAGCAUUCGAUAAAUUGCAAUCUGAAAAUGCCUGGAUGAGAGGGUUAUUAGCUACUCUAGAUAUCAACUUCAACUCGUUGGAUGCACCUCCCGGGGGGAUUCACGACAACGAACCCAAUAUGGCAUCGGCGAUUACAGGCUCGUUGUCUAGCAGCGUGGAGACUCACCAACAUACGACAAAUCCAACUCCCUUGUCAUUUUGGGAAGAAUGGGAUUCGUCAGGCUUAUUACCAGACAUAGGGCUGGAUUUCAAUAUCCCGUUACUGUCGAAUGAGACCAAUAAUCCAGCCAAUUUGGACCAUCUCUCGUUAGAACUGGCAGAACCGGCAGAGCCUGUUCUUGAGCCCAGCCAGUAUCAAGAGACCCGCGAGAGCACUGAAACGAGUAGCGAUCUGAAUACAACCCUGUGCUCUUUAGCCUGUCAAUGGGUGAUUCGUUGCAAUACCAAAGGCGUGGAAUUGGAUGCCUUGUACUUUCGGAUGGAGCGUGGCUUCAAGCAAGGGAACAGUCCGUUGGAGGGAUGCAGGGUGGAUAAUCAAGUUCUUCUUAAAGUUUUGACGGAAAUAUCUUGA